AUGGCACCUCGAGGGAGACCCAGGCGAAUAGUUCAAAUCCCUCCUCCUGAUCCUAUUGUUGCAGCUAUAGCAACAUUGCAGCAGACCCUGAAUGAAACCAGGGAAGCUGAUUUGAAAAGAAUCGAAGAGGCCAGAGAUCGCGAUAGAGAGCAGCUAAGAAAGGCCAGUGAAGACCUUAUGGCGCAUAAUAGGCUGGCCAAUGCUGAGAUGAUCCGACUACUGUUGACAGAGGUACGAGGAGGACCUCCACCACCUUCACCACCUCCUCCACCGCCAGUUACACCACAUGUGCAGCAGCAGGUUGCACGUGCUGCUGGUACCGUACAGAUUCUUGAGCCUGUUGUGCUGGGACAUGAAGGGUCAGGAGAGGCCCAUCAGGAGGCGGAGGCAUCUGUCCAUGAAGGACUAGUGAGGCAGCUAAUUAUUGAGGUUGAUAGAUCAGCUAUACCACCCAGGUUUGACCGGGAUACUAGAGAGCGUAUGCUGAAUGCUUUCAGGAAGCAUUCCCCACCUCAUUACAAAGGUGGAAGAGAUCCCAUUGCAGCAUUGGAGUGGCUCCAAGAGAUGGAGCGUAUUUUUCAGGUUAUGGAAUGCGAUGCCAACAUGAAGCUCCUAUAUGCGGUGUACAUGUUACAGGGGGAUGCUGCUGACUGGUGGAGUAAUGUUAGAAACCCACUUGAGUGCCAAGGUUAUGCUAUUACUUGGCCAUUAUUUGAGAGGCAUUUUCUGCAAAAGUACUUCCCUGAAGAAGCCAGGGAAAGGAAGAAGAGUGAGUUUGAAGACCUCCGGCAGGGAGGCAUGACUGUGGAUGAAUAUCUCAGCAAGUUCAACCGCUUGGCAAAAUAUUCUUGUUAUGGUAGAACUCCCCUCACUCCAGAAGACAAGGCCUUUCGAUUCAGGAAGGGUCUGAAUGAUAUGAUAGCAGACAAACUGGCGGGUCAUUGCACCAGAAAUUUUGUGGAGUUGAUCAAGCAGUGCCAGAAUAUUCAGGAGCACUAUCGUACCAGGGGAAAGGAAGCAGCAGGAAAGAGCUUCAGUGGGAGGACUACGCCCUGGAAGGGUAAGGGCAAGGGUUUGCAAGCACAGCAGAACACCAAGUUUAAGAAGACUCCCUUUGUGAAGAAUGGAAGCGGAAUGUUUAGUGCAGGGAAGAUUCCCACUUGUGCCAAGUGUGGGAAGAUGCAUACAGGUGCUUGUCGACUGGGGCAGAAUGUUUGCUUCAGUUGUGGUCAGGCAGGUCAUUAUUCCAGAGAGUUCCCCAAGAAGACGGGGCAAGUUGCAGCCAUUCAGGCGAUCCCUAUUCAGUCCGUGCCUACUCAGAGAGCCAUAGAGGAGCCUAUGGCGCCCACUAGUGCCAGGGUAUAUGCAGUGACACAGCAGGAGGCAGAGAGGUCUCCAAACCUUAUCAGAGGUACUAUUCUUAUCAGAGGAUAUGCUUUUGAUGCCAUGUUUGAUUCUAGAGCUACCCACUCCUUCAUAUCGGAAUUUGUUGCGAAUGGGGUACAUUUACCCAUUUGUGAGUUCACGCCUCCCAUGGUAGUGAAGAUUGCCACCGGAGACAUUGUUUCUACUUCCUUGAAGUGCAAAGAAGUCAGAUUCAUAUAUGAGCAAGAAGAGUAUAUGGUGGAUUUGAUAGUGCUUGAGGGCAUGAAUCUACACAUUAUCUUGGGUAUGGAUUGGCUGGUCCGAUAUGGUGUGAUGCUAGAUUGUUGUAGCAGAAGGGUUUUCUUUGCUGCAAAAGGAGAAAAACCGGACAGUUUGUACUUGACGGCACAAAAAUUAAAUAAGGCUCUAAAUGAGGGAGAUGCAGGAUACAUUAUCCUGGGAGGACUCGUAGGAGACUCCAAAGAACCUACUGCUAAUAUUUCGGUUGUAUGCGAGUUUGAAGAUGUAUUUCCGGAAGAAAUUCCUCAUUUUCCACCUGAGAGGGAGAUUGAAUUCCCAAUUGACUUAGUACCUGGUGUGGGGCCUAUCUCAUUGGCUCCAUACCGGAUGUCACCAGUGGAGCUAGCUGAGCUGAAGAAGUAG